AUGGCGGACUCUACUACCCCUCCCAAACCAGUCAACACCAUUGUUCUCGAUGCCGGUCCUAUCUUGAAAAAUACCCCGCCGCUAUCCACCCUGCUCGCACAAUGUGAGGAAAUCAUCACCACCCCCUCCGUUGUUAGCGAAAUCCGCGACCCCGACGCUCGCAUGCGUGUCGAGACUCUCUACCUGCCUUUCUUGAAGCAGCGCUCUCCCAGUCCCAAAAGCUUCAGUAUUCUGAGCGAAUUUGCCCGCAAGACUGGCGACCGCGCGGUCCUCAGUAAAACCGAUAUCGAAGUUCUGGCGCUCGCCUACGAGAUUGAGUGUGAGAAGAAUGGCGGUGACUGGAGACUGCGAAGUGUUCCCGGACAGAAGCAGGUGAAUGGAAAGCCGCCUGCCAAGGUAGAGGAGAAGAAAGAGGAGUCGACCGAGCCUGCGCAGGAGGAAAAGAAAACCGAAGAGGUGGACGCCAUCACGGAGGACUUGAAGACAACAACUUUGGAGAAUGGCGAUGCUGUUUCGACAGAAGAGGAGUCUCCUGCUGCGGACACUGAGGCGGAGCCUCAGGCCACUGAGGAGGAAGAGCCCCAAAAUGAAGAAGACGAGGCCGAGUCGGAUGGAGGGGAAUGGAUUACCCCCUCCAACUUGAAGAAGCGGCAGGCCCGCGACGAAUCGAGCGCUGCGUCUGCAGCUCCUGAGCCUAAGGUGAUGCAGGUUGCAACCAUGACCACUGACUUUGCGUGCCAAAACGUACUGCUUCAGAUGAACCUGAACCUUCUGUCAACGACCACUCUGCAGAGGAUUAAGCAUCUCAAGUCCUUCAUCAAGCGCUGCCACGCCUGUUUCUUUACCACCAAAGACAUGAACAAGCAGUUCUGCCCUCGCUGCGGAAAUGACACCCUCACUCGCGUCUCCUGCUCGACCGAUGCCAACGGCCAGUUCAAAAUGCACCUGAAGAAGAACAUGCAGUGGAACAACAGGGGCAACAAGUACAGCAUCCCCAAACCCAUCCACGGCACUGCCAGCGGAAAAUGGAAGGGAGGCGGCGGCAAGCAGGGAUGGGGAACCGACCUUGUCCUCUCCGCCGACCAGAAGGAGUAUACCCGGUCUCUCACCGAGGAGGGCCGAAGACUUCGAAAGGAACGCGACCUCAUGGACGAAGACUACCUGCCUGGAAUUCUGACUGGAGAGCGGAACAAGCACGUUGGCCGGACAAAGGUCGGAGCUGGCCGCAAUGUGAACUCGAGAAAGCGCUAA